GACAAUUACACUGAAAACAUGCAAGCAGACAGAGAAGAGAUGGGAGCCCCGCGUUCUCUCAUCAUUUUGUCUAAACAAGUUAAACGUCCAUGCGCCCCAAACAGGUUACCUUUUCAAAUACUGUUUAACAAAUGCAUGAAGGAGGACAAAGUCCCGAAAGUUGCCAGUUUUACAAAUGCAAUGCAUUUUCUCCGGUUUAGUGUAAAGUUAAAUUUCCAAUAUGGUAGGAGAGGUUGUUGUUGUACAGUCGGCUGUUGUCAUGUCCCCGCAGUGCCGGUAGUGGUGCUGUAAGGAGAGUCUGCUGAUGACCGAACUAAAACCCCAACAAGCUCUAUACUGCUAUUUUUUGUUGCAGAUAAACUACAUUUAUUUGAAUCAUGGAUCCCAGCAAAAACAUUCACGGAUAGAAAAAGGCUCGUUUAAAUUAAAAAUACCGAAAAUCAGUGCAUAUAUAGCCCGGUUAUUUAUAAUUAGCAUUUCCAGACUCCGUCCGGAGUGGAUAUUAUAUACUGCACAUACCAAUUGAAGCUGAUGUUCUCAAGGACCAGAGUCACGUGAUGUUUGAAGGCAAACACAUACACUUCUCGGAGGUGGACAAUAAGCCACUGUGCUCGUACAGCCCCAAACUCUGCAAGCAGCGCAGGCUCAACGGCUACGCCUUCUGUAUCCGCCAUGUCCUGGAGGACAAGACUGCCCCCUUCAAGCAGUGCGAGUAUGUGGCCAAGUACAACAGCCAGAGGUGCACCAACCCCAUCCCUAAAUCUGAGGACCGCAGGUACUGCAACAGCCACCUGCAGGUCCUGGGCUUCAUCCCCAAGAAGGAGCGGAAGAAGAAGCAGGACGUGCUGGACGAGAUGCGCGGGCGCCCCCACCUGGAGGCCGUGGCCCUCAACAUCACGGUGCCACCGCUGGCUCUGAGGACACCCAAUGGGCUGGACGAGCUGCCGCCCUCCCCGACCCGCGGCCGCUCCUUGGCCCCUUCCGAGCUGGAGCUCCUGGACCCGUUCGCCUUCCACGAAGAUGAGACAGACGGGGAAGAAGGGGCUGCCGUGCGCAAGGGCUCCACGGUCAGGAAGAGGCUACAGAGCAGGCUAGCGCUUGACCCAGCGCUACGGUUGUGUAACUCAAAUACCCUCUUGCCCCCACCAGAGCGCUUUAGCCCCUCCCCUCGACCGUGUCAGCCGCCACCCUGCUCAUCCUCCCCCCUUCUUCCCGCCCUCCCUUCUCAGCAACCUGAGCGCUCAUACCUGACUGCCCCCAGCUGCCCCACGCCCCCACAGGGUUUGUUAUGCAAGGUGACCCCACCUCCACAGGUUGGCCCCUCUCCAGCCAGUGGCAACACCCCCACACAACCCACGGGCCCCACCCCCAGCAGGAAGACCACACCCACUACCACACCCACUGCCACGCCCCUGCCGCCUGGCAGCCAGGACAGUCCGCAGAGGCGUGUGGUAGUGAUGCACCCCGUGGAGUUCUCCCCUCCGCCCGCCUGCCUGGCGCGAAUUCGGCGCCUGGUGCAGUUCUGCUCCAAGAGACACCGGCAGCAUGGCGACCUCUUCCCUCACCUAGGAUUAGACUGGUCCGAGGACAGCACGGAUGACGAGGAGGAGGAGAUGGAGAGAAUUCUGUCGUAUGAGUGCUCCCGGAGGGCGCAGGAGCGACGCCUGCAGGACGACUCAGACGAAGAUGCCAACAGCCCCCGCACCACCAGGCUGGUCCGACUGUGUAGUUUCCUGCGGCAGAAAUACAAGCUCCUCUGCCGACAGGAGAGAGCCGCCAUGCGUCAGAAGAGAUACCGUUAUGCCUUCCGCAAAGCCCUGCUGCAGGCAGCCAGCAAGGACCCGGACUGUACUGGCCGCCUCAUCCAGGAGCUGCGCAGUGCCUCUCGGGCACCCUCCAGCACCAGGAUGUCAUCUGCGCGGCCCAGUCCAGAGUCUGGAUGCUGCACGGGCAGCACCGGGGGCCAGGCCUGCCACGGCAGGGCGCUGCCCUUCACUCGGCACUGCUUCCAGCACAUCCUGUUGAACCGCUCGCAGCAGCUCUUCUGCAGCUGUACCGCCAAGUUCGCCGAUGGCCAGCAGUGCCCCGUGCCCGUGUUUGACAUCACGCACCAGACGCCGCUCUGUGAGGAGCACGCCAAGAAGAUGGAUAACUUUCUGCGGGGCGACAGUAACCGGCGCAUCCAGCACCAACAGCAGCGGAAACCGCGCAAGAAGAGCAAGCCCCCUGCGCUGACCAAGAAACACAAAAAGAAGAGGCGGAGAGGGCCCCGUCGUCCGCAGAAGCCCAUCCCCCCCGCCGUGCCCCAGGGUAACCUGGGAAUGCCCUCCAGCCUCUCAUUGCCCUCACAAGCUGCCAAUAUCAGGAGUCCAUCGACUCCGGACCUGAGUGCAGAUGAGCUUCCAGAUGACAUCACCAAUGACAUGACAGACAUUCCAAAUGACCUCGAGCUGAACCAGGAGGACUUCUCGGACGUGCUGCCCAGGCUUCCGGAUGACCUGCAGGACUUCGAUCUGUUUGAAGGCAAGAACGGUGAGCUCCUCCCCACCACGGAGGAGGCGGAGGAGCUUGUCCGGGCCCUCCAGGCCAUGGGCUCCUACCCGGACUCGCUGGUGUGCCUGAGCUCCAUGGGGGAGCUGUCCCAGCCAGACGGACCGGAUCAGCGCUCCAUGGCCACGUUCACCGGACCGGGGACUCCAGGCGGGAGCAUGGGCGACCUUCUGAACGGACGCCUCCCCGCCGAGAAUUUCACCAGCCUGGAGCUGGAUGACAACCUCCUGCACUCCGCCGGGGGCCCUUUCCCGCCGGCACCUUCGCCCCAGGCUCCGCCCAUCCCGCCUGCGCCAACCCUGACCGCCGCCAUCAGGGGUGUCGCCCCCUCCCCUGCUGGACUCUUGACGGACCGGACGUUUGCGGCUCACCCCUCCCACCUCCUGGCCAAGGCUGAGGCUGAGGUCCCGCUGGCCACCCCCCCGCACUAUGGCAGCGAGCAUGUGCCCUCACCCUACAGCGACCACAUCUCGUCCCCCCGGCCUGGGCCCUUCCAGACAGAGCCACCCCUGCUGCUGGAGGUCCCCCUCAGCGGCGUGCCGUGUCCCACCCGCUCGCCCUGGAGCAGCCUGCCUCUCUCCCUGACUGACCCCACGCACUUUGGCAAUCUGGUUGGCCCUGAGGGCCACCUGAUGUCCACAUCCCUGUCCACCCCCCCCUCCAGCACACAUUCGGCUACCAUCCAGCCCACGGCUGCCCUCUCGGCUCUCCCCCCAAGCGGCCUGACGGGCCUGACUGCCCCCGCCCCCUCCUCGUCUGCCGCUUCCUCGUCCUCCACCUCUUUUCAUGACCUCAUGACCUCCGGCCAGCCCAAGCAGCAGCUCCCCCAGUUCAGCGCCGUCUUCGGUCAUCAGCUGGUGUCACACAGCGGCAUUCCCAAGGACGUGCAGCCCAGCCACAGCUCUACGGCUCCCCCUACAGGUUUUUCCAUCGCCAGCGCCACCGCGGCCAGUGCCAACAACACGGCGCCCCCCUUCAGCAAGCAGUGACUUGGGAGUGUGGGGAGUGCAGGAAGCAGAGGACCAGCUCCGGAGCGCCAUCAGCCGCAGGGAGGACAGAGAGGGAUGUCGUCCGACAGAGAGAAUCCCCCCCCUGCUGGCCUGAGCGGCCCUGCCUGGUUUGGUGAGCUGGUGAUCCGUUCUUCAGGUCUUCGGAUCACAGCCCUCUCGGCCUGCCCCACCCAAGUCUGCCACCCGCCUUGCUAGCACAGCGUAGUCGGCAGCGUGACGCGGGCUGUGUGGCUCCCGCAGAACCCGCCCCCGCUCUCGCCUGCUACGCCGUUAGGGAUUAACGAGCCCUGUGAUUGCGUCCGAGGGCUGGGGGCCACACUCUGACUGCGGAUCCCUUCUGGGCUCUUGGCUGGAUGCCAGAGUUUCAAGCAAUAACCCGUCAUUAUAAUUUUUUUAUCAGAGUAUUUUAGCACAUAGUAUUGGCACCGCCUCUGUAUUCAUACCUUCACCAGUUAACCAUUCAUAGCAGACUUGGAGCGCUGGGCCUGAUUAUCCUCAUAAAACCCUAAAGAGAAAUGUGUGGAAAAUCACGAAAACUGAAUGUCUGGCAAAGAGCAGAUGGUCAGUCAGGUCGGGGAGCUUAUCCUUGGUUGGGAAGGAGAAAUAUGUAACACCUGAAAAACAUGCAAAACGUUCUACCCUAUCAGUGAAGACGACAAAAACAUCCAUUGGUUCAAAGUGUCCCAAAUCUUUUCAAUGGUGCUCUUUCAGUCUCAGUGCAAAAGCGGCCUUUCACAGGACGCCCUGCAUCGUGACCUGCGUCCCAGCGAGUGGGGGGUGGGGGCACGGUGUCUGUGCUUCAGGAACUCCGAGAUGACCGGUUAAGUGGCUUGGGAGCCAAAGGGGUCCUUCUUAGAGACUGUGAUUCAGGGAGCAUCGCAGGCAUCAACGUAGUGGGAGCGCAAUUGUGUCAUGGGGGACCAGGAAGGGCCCAGCUCUCACAGGCCUUGGGGCCCCUGUACAUGGGGGACGAGGGGACCCGUGUCAUACUGCCGUCUGACUGGAGGCUUCUGUUCCUUUAAGCGUCCAGAUGUUAAAACAGGUGGGAAGUCAGAAAGAAAGUACCUGGUGUAACUGCUCCAACUGCUUUAACGAUGGUUUUAUUACAGCACUAAACAUGGGUUUUGGUAGUGUUUUUUUAGGAACUGGAAUAUUAUAACUAUUGUUAUAAGUAUUUAAUAUAUUUAUAGAGUAGCGGUCUCAACAUUGGGUUUUAUUGGUGAGUCAAAAUAAGUGAUAUGGAAUGAGAAUUGAAAACAACUUAUUUGCAAAUUAUAACUGAUGGAGCCAGUGUUUCGUGGAGUAUCUGUGAGCUUUUUAAUAGCUAUCGGAAUCAUCUCGUGAUGGUUUUGUUCUCUCCACAGGCUGAAUGGAUGCAGUAGGCUGUGUGUUGUGGAAUUUGUGUCCCUUUCUAUUGAGCAACUUUAAUUAAGUAGCUGUGAGUAUCUAUGAUGGCUUGGUGCACUUUUUGAUAGCUAUUAAAGUCCGCACAGCAGUUGCCGCCAAACAGCUGGACCGAGUAUGGGGGGGGGGGGGGGGGUGGAUAGAAGCUAUCGCCCAUCAACCGACAUCCUUAACUUUUUGGGACGCUUUUCCAGACUUUUACUUGAGGACGUCCCUAAGCACUGAUGUGAAAUUUGUAAACCUGAGACCAAUGCUAACUCAGACUCUUAGCCUUGGCUAAUGCUAACUCAGACUCUUAGCCUUGGCUAAUGCUAACUCAGACUCUUAGCCUUGGCUAAUGCUAACUCAGACUCUUAGCCUUGGCUAAUGCUAACUCAGACUCUUAGCCUUGGCUAAUGCUAACUCAGACUCUUAGCCUUGGCUAAUGCUAACUCAGACUCUUAGCCUUGGCUAAUGCUAACUCAGACUCUUAGCCUUGGCUAAUGCUAACUCAGACUCUUAGCCUUGGCUAAUGCUAACUCAGACUCUUAGCUUUUGCGAUAGAAGGCACUGUACCUGCAGCCUUGUAGAAUUAGUACAAGAGCAGCAAAACUACACCCUCUUGGCUGCGGUCAGCCACCAUUGGCUCUCAGGAUCGUUAAUCCCCUCCUCAGCUCUGACCUUUGACCUUUGUUAGGACAUGCCCCCUCUCUCUGACCUUGUCAGGACACAGACCCAGCUGUGGGGAAAAACCUCCCCAAGUCUUAGGGAUCAUGAAGCCCAAAGUAUGGAUGAAUUUUAAUAUGCUGAGUCCCAUUUUCGAUUGGAAUCUUUCCUAGCAGUACAGAGUUCUGCCAGCCGGGAUUUAUAGCUGUGUGUUUUUGCUCAAGUAGGGAGGAACCCCACCCCAAUAUCAAAAGGAGAAAAUUAUUCUACAGCUCUAAAGGUUCUGGUUACCAGCCAAGAUCCAGAGCGGCAGACAAAUUCCUAUACAUUGAAUGUACUGUAUUACUGUUUUUAAAGAUAAUAGGACGAGCUAAUAAUCUAGUCACCUUUUGUUAUUUGUCCUUGUUUAAGUUAAGGUAUUUUUUGUAUACAAAGGUUUACAUUUUUAUGUAUAUUUUUCUUGUGUACAAAUUAUGUAAUAUGUGUAAAAACACUGUAUGUAAUAUCUGUAUAUAGCGUGGCAAAUUGAUCUUUGUUUUUGGAUGUAUGAAUAAAUACUUGCUGUGAGGUA